ACAACAUCCAACAACUAGAGGGGGGAAAAGAAAGAAAGAAAAGAAACCCACCCACCCAUCAAAAAAAAAGAAAAAGAAAAGAAAAAAAAAAUCCUGUGGCGCACCGCCUGGUUCCCGGGAAGACUCGCCAGCACCAGGGGGUGGGGGAGUGCGAGCUGAAAGCUUCUGGAGAGUGAGCAGCCCGAGCAGGGAUGGACAUGAUGCUGUUGGUGCAGGGUGCAUGUUGCUCGAACCAGUGGCUGGCGGCGGUGCUGCUCAGCCUUUGCUGCCUGCUGCCCUCCUGCCUCCCGGCUGGACAGAGUGUGGACUUCCCCUGGGCGGCCGUGGACAACAUGAUGGUCAGAAAAGGGGACACGGCGGUGCUUAGGUGUUAUUUGGAAGAUGGAGGUUCAAAGGGUGCCUGGCUGAACCGGUCAAGUAUUAUUUUUGCUGGAGGUGAUAAGUGGUCAGUGGACCCUCGAGUUUCAAUUUCAACACUGAAUAAAAGGGACUACAGUCUGCAGAUACAGAACGUAGAUGUGACGGAUGAUGGCCCAUACACGUGUUCUGUUCAGACUCAACAUACGCCGAGAACAAUGCAGGUGCAUCUAACUGUGCAAGUUCCUCCGAAGAUAUAUGACAUCUCAAGUGAUAUGACCAUCAAUGAAGGAACCAAUGUCACCCUUAUUUGUUUGGCCACUGGGAAACCAGAGCCUUCCAUUUCUUGGCGGCACAUCUCCCCAUCAGCAAAACCUUUUGAAAAUGGACAGUAUUUGGACAUUUAUGGAAUUACCAGGGACCAGGCUGGAGAAUAUGAAUGCAGUGCAGAAAAUGAUGUGUCAUUCCCAGAUGUGAAGAAAGUAAAAGUUGUCGUAAACUUUGCUCCUACGAUUCAGGAAAUUAAAUCCGGCACCGUGACCACCGGACGCAGUGGGCUGAUAAGAUGUGAAGGUGCAGGUGUGCCGCCUCCGGCCUUUGAAUGGUACAAAGGAGAAAAGAAGCUCUUCAAUGGCCAACAAGGAAUUAUUAUUCAAAAUUUUAGCACAAGAUCCAUUCUCACGGUUACCAAUGUGACACAGGAGCACUUCGGCAACUAUACCUGUGUGGCUGCCAACAAGUUAGGCACAACCAAUGCGAGCCUGCCUCUCAACCCUCCAAGUACAGCCCAAUAUGGAAUUACCGGGAGCGCCGACAUUCUUUUCUCCUGCUGGUCCCUUGUGUUGACACUGUCCUCUUUCACCAGCAUAUUCUACCUGAAGAAUGCCAUUCUGCAAUGAAUCUAAAGACCCAUAAAAGGCUUUUAAGAAUUCUCUGAAAGUGCUGAUGGCUGGAUCCAAUCUGGUACAGUUUGUUAAAAGCAGCGUGGGAUAUAAUCAGCAGUGCUUACAUGGGGAUGAUCGCCUUCUGUAGAAUUGCUCAUUAUGUAAAUACUUUAAUUCUACUCUUUUUCUGAUUAGCUACAUUACCUUGUGAAGCAGUACACAUUGUCCUUUUUUAAGAUGUGAAGGCUCUGAAAUUACUUUUAGAGGAUAUUAAUUGUGAUUUCAUGUUUGUAAUCUACAACUUUUCAAAAGCAUUCAGUCAUGGUCUGCUAGGUUGCAGGCUGUAGUUUACAAAACGAAUAUUGCAGUGAAUAUGUGAUUCUUUAAGGCUGCAAUACAAGCACUCAUUUCCCUGUUUCAACACGAAUCAACCCAUAUUUACAAAGAUGCAUUUUUCUCUUUUGAUAAAAAAGCAAAUAAUAUUGCCUUCAGAUCAUUUCUUCAAGGUAAACACAUAUCUAGAUUUUUCUGCUCGCAUGAUAUUCAGGUUUCAGGAAUGAGCCUUGUAAUAUAACUGGCUGUGCAGCUCUGCUUCUCUUUCCUGUAAGUUCAGCAUGGGUGUGCCUUCAUGACAUAAUAUUUCCCUCUUCGUCUUCAACUAAUAAAGACAUCUUGCCAAACCCUACAAUUGAGAUCAAAAGUAAACUACAAUGAUAAAGUGCACUGUAUCCUAUCUCUAAAGAGCAAAGUACCUAUAGGAUUGAAAAUCCUCUGCAUUAUGAGUGGGGUUUGAGACUCUUCCCCCACAAUAACUCAAUUUUGUGAAGAAAAACAAUUUAACACAGUACAGGUAAAUUUACCAUGUGAUUUCUUUACUUGUAGCUGAAUGUGAGAUCCACUUUGGGAAAUAAUUCCUUUUAAAAUGACAAGUCCAGCAAAGAGAUUGCCUAGCAAUCCAGGAUCUUUUCCUUUUGCUAUUUCCAGGCCAAAAAUUUUAAGACAGUUUUUCAAAAAAGAAAAAAGUCUAAUCAACUGAUGUUACAUGAGUUGUUGAGCACUCCAAAUUAAUUUGGUUCUGUGGCAGGUAAGUUGGUAUGAUAAGGUGCUCCUGAGGACAGGGGCAGUUUGCACAUUUUCCAUCUGAAAACAUCACUCAGUUGUUAAUUUGGAAUACAUGUUAUAUGACUUUUUUUUUUCAAAAAUAUAUUGUAACAAAUAUUUCAUGCUGGUGUGCAGUAGAUAAAUCCCUGAAAUAACUAAUUCUAUAAUAAAAUCUUUCUCUUAGGGCCAUGUCCAUUCAAACAAGUAAGGCCAAAAGAAAAUUACCAUGCCUUAUUUCUUCUUGCAUGGUAUGUAUAAGAUAUGAUAAAAUGAAGACAAGACCAGUGAUGAGAAUAUGUUAAGAUAUAUUGACUAUUAAAUGCUCAUGAAUAUUAAAUUUCUAUAUAAAGAGUGAAAACUACAUUUUUAAAGAAAAGUUCUGUUACUUUAGGAACUAUUAUAUUACAGGAAUAGUUUGAUGGUUUUACUAUUUACUAAAGAAAGACCAUAGCCUUGAAGGUCAUUAUACAAUUUAGACAAAGUUCAUGAUUUCACUAUACUUCCAGAGAUUUCCACAAAUAAUCGAGCCCUUCUGCAAAAACUUACUAAUCAAGUUAGAUACAAGAAAUUUCACAGAAAUUAUACAUAUUUAAGAUACCUAAAAUUUUGCUUGGAAAGAGAUACUGUAACUUGAAAAUUGCAAUUUCUUUCAAGUAAAACUUAAUCCCAAAGCAUACUAUAAAUGUAUUUUAAUUAAAAAAAGGAAUCCUAAAAUGAGGAGGCAUAAAUAUAGAAAUGUUUUCAAAAAAUGGCAAUAAUAUGGCAUGAUGCUAUUAAAUUCACUCACUGUAAUAAUUUAUUACAUUAUUUUGACUGAUAUAUUAAAAUGUUUUUAAUACAUAUGGCAUUUUAACUUUAGUAUCGAUUGCUUUUUAAAAAUAUUCUUUGUGGAAUUUGUGAGUAAAUUAGAAAAUAUUAUUUUGUAUUGCAGCUUUAAAGUGGCACACUCCAUAAUACUCUACUUACUAGAAAUAGUGGUGCUACCACAAAAGUGUUAACCAUCAGUACCAUUGACUGGGAGAAACAGAUCAAGAAUGCAUAUUAUACAGUGACCGCUUUCCUAGAGUUAAAAAUACCUCCUCUUUGUAAGGUUUGUAGGGUAAAUGUGAGGUAAAUUGAGAUAUAAACUAUGGAUGAACCAAAUAAUUAGUUCAAAGUGUUGUCAUGAUUCCGAAUUUGUGGAGUCUGGUGUUAUUACCAUAGAAUGUGACAGAAGUACAGUCAUAGCUCAGUAGCUAUAUGUAUUUGCCUUUAUGUUAGAAGAGACGUUCUUGAGUGACAUUUUUAAAUAGAGGAGGUAUUCACUGUGUUUUUCUGUACCACAGCAGCAUUCCUAGUCCUUAGGCCCCUGGACAGAGUGAAAUCAUGAGUAUUUAUGAGUUCAAUAUUGUUCAAAUAAGGCUACAGUAUUUGCUUUUUUGUGUGAAUGUAUUGCAUAUAAUGUUCAAGUAGAUGAUUUUACAUUUAUGGACAUAUGAAACGUCUGAUUACUUCAUUUUAUCAGUCCUGACUGUACAAGGUUGUUGCAAUUUCAGAAUAGUAGUUUUAUGAAAUUGAUUUAUCUUUUAAUGUAUAAUAAUUUUUUCUAGCUAUUCAUUUCAGCAUUAUAUUUCCACAAGUUACAAUUGUGGAAUUCCUUUUGUUGCCCCUAAAUUGUUUUUCAAAGAAAGAAGAAAGAAAAAUAAGCAAUUCAAAAAGGAGAGGAGAAAGAAAAGAAAAAAGCAGAACAGGGAAGAGGUAAAGAUGGGGGAGAAGGAAAGAUAAAGAAGGGAGGGAGGGAGAGAUGAAGAAUUAGAAAGAGGGAGGGAGGAAGAAAGGAAGGAAGGAGGAAGGAAGGAAAUAAAGAAAAAUGGGGGAGGGAGGGAGGAAGAACUAGAAUAUUAGGGUAGUUAAUUAAUUUGCAUUCUUGGUUUAACUGCAAGUGGUGUAUGUUUUACAGUGAUCCCAUUCAAAACAUAAGUCCUGUUACACCAUGAAGUUCCUAUUAUGCAGCAAUUAUAUAAAGAUAAGUACUACCCAAAUUAUAGUAUUCUGUAUUUGGGAGGACUUUAAAAGAUUUGAGAGAGUGAAUCUCAAACUUAAAGCUAUUUUGGGGGGUUUAAAACAACUGAAAUUUUAAUGCUUCAUCAUAACAUUUAAACUAUAUCUAGAAAGUAGACUGGAGAACUGAGAAAAUCACCCAGAUAAUUCAGGAGAAAAAAAGAUAAAUAUAUAUAUAUAUAACUACCCCAAUGUGUCUACUCAGAAAACUCUGAGAAAUUUAUCAAAGCCAAUCAUCUAUAUUGAUCAAAUUUAUUGAAUUGUUAAUUUAUCCAUUGUGCUUAGCUUUGUGACACAGCCAAAAGUUAUCUAUUUAAUCUUUUCAAUAAAAAUUGUUUUUUGGAAUUCAGAAAUGAUUUAAAAAGAGGUCAGGUUUUUAACUAUUUAUUGAAGUAUGUGGAUGUACAGUAUUUCAAUAGAUAUGAAUAUGAAUAAAUGGUAUGCCUUAAGAUCCUUUGAAUAUGUAUUUACUUUAAAGACUGGAAAAAGCUCUUCCUGUCUUUUAGUAAAACAUCCAUAUUUCAUAAUCUGAUGUAAAAUAUGUUGUACUGUUUCCAAUAGGUGAAUAUAAAGUCAGUUUAUCAAUUAAAACAUGUAUUUGAUUUAUUUUGAAACUCUAUCAGUCGAAGAGAAAAAUGAAGAAGUAAUAGUUUAAAGAUAUUUCUGCUAUUCCCUUUUUUAUUUUGUGUUUCCCCACUGUACCACACUUACACCGUUCAGGUACUCUGCAGCAAUACAAGGUGAAAACAUGGGGCAUCAAAGAACGAAAGGGCGCCAUAUGGUAGCCUUUCUGUUGUUGAUUUCCCAAAGGUUGACAAACUGAACUGCAUCUAGCCUAAAGAAGAAGUUUUCUGGCAAGAUUUUGUUAUUAACUAUUUAGAACUUUUACCUGCUGAAUGCAGCAAAGUUAGUGACAGAAAGUGAUAAUAAAAUCCUCUUGGUUUUAUGGGCAAAGUGUCUGGAAACUCAAAUGCCUAUAGGAUUCACACAGAUAGCAUAAUUUUAUAAGACACCUGGGUAUAAAACAGGGAGCAUAUACUCCACCUCAAAGCAUUCAUACAGUUUUCCUAAAAUCUUUGCUUUCUAAGCAAAAUUUACUUUGUCUGAGAGCUGUUAGAUUGUGAUUUUAAAUCAUUCAUUUGCGAUGGCUCACAUUUGCAGAGCCACCACAAAUGAGUGAUUUAAGCUCUCUUCUCCAAAUCUGUCCAUCUUCGAUUGGUCAACCAAGUAAAAUGAAUGAUGUGGCUUGUAAACAAAUUAGCAAACCAUGAA